CAACUUCUUGUUCAUCAGCACCUCCCAAUUCCCAGAAACUCAUUAAAUAACUCCGGUGAUAGUGACUAAGACACUUUCCUCAAACAGGUAUUCUUCCCAGCGGUUCCACAAUUAAUGCAAUGCUUCAAAUCCUAUCCAUUACUCUCUCUUCACUAUUCACUAUUCACUUCCGGGCCUGUUCCAGUAGGGGAGAGUCCUAUGCCGCCUAAAGACCUUGCAUUCGACAUUGCUGUCGGGGAAUCAUUUACUUAUGAGCAAAUUCUCAAGUUGACUGGUAAUUUUGCUGAAGCAAAUAUCAUCAAGCAUGGUCAUUCUGGAGACCUCUUCUGGGGAGUAAUGGAAAACGGAGCUACUGUUGUCAUCAAAAAGGUAGAUUUGAGUUUGUUCAAGAGAGAAUCAUAUGUUGUGGAGUUGGAAUUAUUAAGCAAGGUUUCACAUGCAAGAUUGAUCCCAAUCUUGGGACAUUGCUUGGAGAAUGACAAUGAGAAAUGUAUAGUUUACAAGUAUAUGCCAAAUGGAGAUUUGGCAAGUUCUUUGCAGAGAGUCACCGAUGCAGAUGGUAAAUCGAAGUCCCUUGAUUGGAUCACGAGAUUGAAAAUCGCUACAGGAGCUGCCGAAGGCCUUGCUUAUCUACAUGAUUGCAGCCCUCCCCUCGCUCACAGGUAUUCUGCUUUGAGUUCAAGCACUGAAAAGUUGAGUUCAAGAACCGAAUGGUUAUCGUUGCUUCAACUUCGAUCUUCAUUGGGCACAUCAUCAGUAACUUGGGCAGGUGAUGUAUAUGGUUUUGGUAAGAUUUUGCUCGAGCUUAUUACCGGAGAUACCGAGGUCAGUAAAUCAGAGGAUGCCACCUCAAGAGAGUGGUUGGAGCAGACCUUGCCUUACAUUAGCAUAGAUGAUAAAGAAAGGAUAAAUAAGAUUGUCGACCCUUCUUUGUUAGUAAAUGAGGAUCUACUUGAAGAAGUAUGGGCUAUAGCAAUCGUAGCAAGAUCAUGCCUGAAUCCUAGGCCUUCGAAACGUCCCCCUAUGAGACACGUCCUCAGGGCGCUGGAAAAUCCGUUGAAGGUUGUAAGAGAAGAAAGCGCAAGCUCGGUGAAGUUGCGAACAACUUCGUCUAGGAAGUCUUGGAGCACUGGAUUGUUUGGUAGCUGGAGACAGAGCUCAUCAGAUAGUGCUACUGCAACAAACAAAGAUAGUUCAAGUGGGACUAAACAAUCAGGGAAAGUAAGUUCCCAAGGAAGUGGUGUAAUAAUGGAUCACUCAUCUUCCAAUAAAAGAUCAUCCAAAUCCAAUGAAGUUUUCCCUGAACCAUUGGAAACACAAGAUGUGGAGAUUGGUGGGGGAAGAUGAGGCAAAAAGGAAGUGAUGAAUUUGCCUAUUCUUUAAUUGUAUAAGAUUGAUAAUUGUUUGUACCAUAGCAAUUGCUUGUGCUACAUUACCAAGAGUAAUGUUAUUUGUACAGAACAAAGUUGGAUCCUUUUGGACUUUUGGUAUGUUUGACACAUUGUCAUCACCCCCAUGCUGAAGCAAUCAAACAACAUGGUGGUGCUAAAUUAUGUGCACUAGCAAUUGCUUAUUUGUACCACACCCCUCCUUGUAGGUCAAUGAAUGUGUGAGGCAUUGUAAAAUGAUAAACAGGGUGUUACAAUUUUGUGAGGAAUUAGAACUUAAAAGUGUGAAGAAUAUUUGCUCAAACUUUCUUUAGCUAAGUGUAUUAUUGUAAAUUAAGUCCUCUUGAGCAUUGUGGCAUAUGCCCUAAUUUUCCCUGUGAAUUUAUAUCACAAUAAAGAUA